AUGUUCUAUGCCAUACUGAUGGACGCCUCCCGUGACGAACUACCUGGCAUCCGCAUUGCCUACAGGAAGGACGGUCAACUCCUCAAUCUGCGGCGGACGCACUUCCAGUCGCGUGUAUCCACAACUACCACCCAUGAACUUCCCUUCGCCGACGACCGCACUCUCAACGCCAUCUCGGAAGGGUAGGUGUAAAAGACCAUGAAUCUCUCCGCCGCCGCCAGCGACAACUUUGGCCUGGUUAUCAACGCGGGGAAGACGGUGGUCAUGUAUCAACCGCCACCCGACGCUGUCUACGUCGUACCCCAAAUUAACGUGAACGGCGCCCAACUGCAAGCCGUGAACAACUUUCCCUACCUGGACAGCACCUUCUCCCUCAGCACCAAGAUCGACGAUGAAGUGGCACGCUGGAUUUCCAAAGCCAGCCAAGCCUUCUGUCAUCUGCAAAACACCGUCUGGAACUGUCACGGUCUCCACAGCCGCACCAAACUGAAGAUAUACAAGGUGGUCAUCUUGCCGACGCCGCUGUAUGGGACGGAGACCUGGACUGUCUACACGAAGCAGGCGCGGAGGCUCAAUUGUUUCCCCUUCAGUUGUCUCCUAAUCCUUCUCCUUCAUUGUUUCAACAUCCGCUACGGCGGCUCCUGUAUCCACCACCACUGCACACAAUCCUGA